UUGGGCUGAGUUGCGGUUGGGGAGCGGAGCCGACCUUCUGCUCGGAAUACGGCCCUGCGUCUGCUCAGUUCGCUCGCCCUGCGCACCUACCGCCGUGGAGAUGUGGCUUCGUCUCGGGGCCACCUGUUUGCUGGGUUUCAGUCUCCUGCUCCUCGUCACCUUUUCAGAUGGACACAUUGGGCUUGGAAAGGGUUUUGGAGAUCAUAUUCAUUGGAGGACACUAGAAGAUGGGAAGAAAGAAGCAGCUGCCAGUGGAUUGCCCCUGAUGGUGAUUAUCCAUAAGUCUUGGUGUGGAGCUUGCAAAGCUUUAAAACCCAAAUUUGCAGAAUCUAAAGAAAUUUCAGAACUUUCUCAUAAUUUUGUUAUGGUAAAUCUGGAGGAUGAAGAGGAACCCAAGGAUGAAGAUUUUAGCCCUGAUGGGGGUUAUAUUCCACGAAUCCUUUUCUUGGAUCCCAGUGGCAAGGUGCAUCCUGAAAUCAUCAAUGAGAGUGGAAACCCCAGCUACAAGUAUUUCUACGUCAGUGCCGAGCAAGUUGUUCAGGGGAUGAAGGAAGCUCAGGAAAGACUGACCGGUGAUGCCUUCAGAGAGAAACAUCUUGGAGAUGAGUUGUAACAUGACCAUAUCCCUUUUUUCAUCAAAGUUGGUGUUCUGGAAGGAAAGCAUCAGGAGAGGGAAUACUGAGGAUUCACCCAGAACAAUUAAACUGACCAGGAAACCUUACUUCUACCUAUGCUGGAAGGAACUCUCUCUGUGGAGGAGGUCUGCUAAGAAAGCUAGUCUGUGUAUUUGUAGACCUAGCAGAGUGGGGUAGAUUUCCUUCUGAUCCCUGUCACCUAAAUAUCCAUUUGUCUUUGAAUGUAAAGAAUGAAACCUUUUGAUACAAAACUUGAGCCACUUGAAGAUUUACUCCUCACACUUCAGUAUUUGAGUCCUUACCCAUUUCCUCCCCCUUUUCUCACCUUGGUGGUAAAAGGAGACUGAUGGCAUCUUUUCUACAGUGUUAAAAUUGCGGGAAUACCUUAUCAAUUUUUAAGAAAACAGCAAAUCCUAAGUGUAAAUCAGUAAUUCUACCCACUAUCAAGGAAACCAGCUUAUUUUUUCUUUUGGGGAUAAUCUUGGGCUUCUUCCUCAAUCCCUGUGACUGCCUUCCUCUUAUCCUACUCUGGCUUUCCUGUUUGCACGCAUGUAUGUGCAGGAAAUGGCUGUGUGCUUGGACUCAGCACCAACUGGAAGCAUGCUUUCCCUUGUAACUGUUGGAGAGACUGAAGACUUCAGGUCCUCUGUGGAGCCAUUUUUGUCAAGUCAUCAACUGUAUUUUUGUACUGGGAUUAACAAAAGAUAAAAUAUUGAU